CACAGUCCUAUAAAUUCAAUAAUCGAUAGUCUAUCUGUCAAAAACGUAUACCCUAAAGGUCUGAAAAUUUUUCAAAGUAAAGAUGCCCUUUAAACCUGUUCAACUAGCAUUUGAAAAAUUUUCAGCUGCAGCUCCUAAGAAGCCUCCAGUUUUAAUCCUUCAUGGACUUCUGGGUUCUAGAAAAAAUUGGCGAUCUUUAUCACAAAACUUUGUCUCAAAACUUGACAGAGAUGUAUACAACAUCGAUCAGAGAUGUCACGGAGAUUCACCUGGUGUUGGUCCUCUGUCAUACCAGUCCUUAGCUUUUGAUACUCAACAAUUUAUGAAAACACAUGGCAUUGAGAAGGCUUCUAUUAUCGGUCACUCUAUGGGAGGAAAAACCGCCAUGGCAACUGCGUUGAUGUACCCGGACAUGGUUGAGAAAUUAGUUGUCGCCGAUAAUUCACCCAUCUAUACUCACCUUCCUGAGAAAACUAAAGUUUACAUCAAGGCUAUGAUGCGCAUCGAUGAAGCAAAUUUCAAAAAACAAAGCAGCGCAGACAAGAUGUUGAAAGAGGUAGAGAAUGAUACUUUAGUCCGGGCAUUCUUACUUUCUAAUUUAAGGAAGAGCCCAGAAAAUCCCAGUAUUUUCAAAUCCCAAAUCCCUCUUGAACUCAUUCACAAUUCCCUCCCUGAUUUAGCGGGAUUCUCCGUCAAUGAAAAUGGUGCUGAUCAAUAUAAAAAACCAACAUUGGUCAUUAAAGCUAAACACAGCACCUUUGUACCGGACGAAGCCUUGCCUGUGUUUAAAAAAAUGUUUCCAAAUUAUAAAUUGGAAACGUUGGACUGUGGUCAUUGGGUUCAUUUUGAGAAAGCCAAAGAGUUUACUGAACUUGUCGUAAAAUUCCUAUCGUCGGACUAAGCUAAAUUAGCUAUGAACCAGCUAUUAAUCGUUGAUGUCAAACUAGUUGGCUUGAUAAUCUACUCCCUCCUCCAAAACAAUAGACUUUACGUAUAAAUAGAAUAUAGCCUACUAAAUAGGUACAAUGGAAAAGAUUAUAAGAUACAAUCAGGAAAAUAUUGUAAGAAACAAACUAAGGAAAUUACAAUAUACUAUACAAUUUCAGAACUACAGACUUCAGGUGUUUAUAUAAUAGACGCUCUUCUCAUU